GCCCGGCGCCGUAGACCCGUCACUGAUCAUCGCUGUCAGUUUGCAUUGGAUUUUCGUUAAUACUAACGUGCUUUGGGCGUGUAGACUCCGGUAAAUACUCCGGUUUGGUUAACGUGAUGCCAGCUUCGCCUUUUUGUAGUUUUCUUUUGCAGAUACUCGUUUGAAGUGCGUCUUUCGACCAUAAUAAACACAGUGUUAUCGUGUUUAUACUGUAGGUGCGGCCAUAUUAAAGGUUUAGUGUGUACUCACGCGCCUGAUUCUAGGCAACACUUAACGCGGUUCGGAGUGUUUCUUGCAUAAAACCCGGUGCAUUUUAGCCUCACCCACUUUGCACAUAGUGACCUGUGGUGUUUUCAAAUGACAACCGAUAGUGCGGGCGAUUCGUUCGAAAUUUUGAUUAGCUAACCCCAAAAAAUUACCGUGUAUUAACGAUUUUUAUGCGUGUUUUUCGUUCGAGGCUGUUAUUGUAACCAUGACCGAAGAAGAGGUGCUUUUUGACGACGUUUACGAUCUCUGCGAGGAAAUCGGAAGGGGACCAUUCAGCAUCGUACGGAGAUGUAUCCAUCGACAGACUGGCCAGCAAUUUGCUGCUAAAAUAGUAGAUGUAGCUAAAUUCACUUCGAGCCCAGGUCUCAGCACAGAUGAUUUGAAAAGAGAAGCUACGAUAUGUCAUAUGCUCAAACAUCCACACAUAGUAGAAUUGCUGGAGACCUAUUCAUCGGAAGGAAUGCUAUAUAUGGUGUUCGAAUUUAUGGAUGGUUCGGACCUGUGCUAUGAAGUAGUGAGAAGAGCAUCUGCUGGAUUUGUAUAUAGCGAAGCUGUAGCAAGCCAUUACAUGCGGCAAAUUUUAGAGGCUCUAAGAUACUGCCACGAGAACGACAUCGUUCAUAGAGACAUCAAACCAGACAGCAUCCUUUUGGCGACCAAAGAAAAUUCCGCACCCGUCAAACUCGGCGGAUUCGGAGUAGCUGUACAGCUUCCAGACCGACAUCCCAUCACCACUGGAGAAUGUCUUGUGUCAGAAUAUCGAAACAACCUCAGUCCUCUGGGUCGGCUGUAUCUAAAAUCUGACAACGCUGGACGAGUCGGUUGUCCACACUUCAUGGCUCCAGAAAUUGUGGAAAGGCGGCAGUACGGCAAACCAGUAGAUAUUUGGGCGGCGGGAGUUCUAUUACAUAUCCUCCUUUCCGGGACUCUUCCGUUUCACGGCAGUGGUAGGCGAUUAGCUGAGGCGGUGUGCCGAGGAAAACUACACUUGGAUACAUCUCUACAUUGGCAGUUGAUAAGCGACACGGCCAAAGAUUUAGUUCAACAAAUGCUCACCGUAGAUCCCAAACAAAGAAUAACCAUUCAAGAAGUACUGAAUCACAAAUGGUUGCGGGAUCGAGACAAGGGAUUGAGGAUUCACUUGGCUGAGACUGUAGAGGAAUUGAAAAAAUUUAAUAGCCGUAGGAAAUUGAAAACUUUCGUUCUUAGUGCCGUCAAUUCUAGUAAAUGGUAUCCCUACGAUGACUCGAAUACGGACACAUUUUCCGAUUUCGGGGAUGAUGAAGUGUCUUUUUGUGCCGUAUCUACAAUUGUUGACUCUUUGGACGACAUUUACUGCCUACAAGAAUCACAACCUCAAGAACGCGCCCAUUUAUUAGCCCUUCUGGAAGAUACACGCCUUCAUAUAUUACUCGAACUUUUCGAUCGCAUUGACAACCGCGUGCUGACACCUCUCCGCGCGCCGUUAAACGACGCGGUUCAGUGUGCCCGCGACGCUGCUGACGCUUUACGGGACCUCGAACAUCGACGAGACACCGACUACAGGGACCUGCAGGAAUUGAGGGAUCUGCUAUGCCGGCCGCAUUUUAAGGUAAGUGUUUCCAGGGUUUCCCGUUAG